AUGACAUUAGAGCGGCUUUUCCUCGCUUUUUACGCUUUCCCGCUCGCAUCUUGUAGGAAGCCAGGAAAAGAAACGCCCUGUCAAAGACGUCACAGUGUUGCCAUUACAAAAAACAAUGAUUAUUACCAAAAACUACUAAAGGGCUGUUUCUUUCCCUCGCUUUCAGGUGUGCGGACUUCCACGGAAAUUGUAACGAGGCAUUACAUCGACCUGGAUAACGGUAUACCUUUAAACAUUCACGCGAGACCGAGACUUAUAGGCAGGCGACCGAACGCCAUAGUUAAUAUAGAGACUGACGUUUUUCAAGAGAAGUCUUAUAAGCAAUACUCAUCACAACAUUUAAGAGAUGCUCUCAUAGCUGUUAAGAAAGGCUACAGCGUGUACGCGGCGUCGAAUAAAUACGGUGUGCCCAGAAAAACAUUGAGGAACUGGAUGGCGAAGUAUGAUAUAAAGAGUCAGUUCUCAAAAGGCAGGAGAGGUACCAGGACCAAUCAAAUCUUAGACCCAUUGGAUUUAAUGGAAGAAACGAGAUCUGAAAGAUUUGAGGAAUACGCGAUAGCUAACGUACAGUGUCAGUACGAGGACGAGACGACGACGACACGAGCACCUCACGACCACAACUACGACUCGAGAGACGAGCCGCCCGCCUUCAUCAUACACCAGAUACCGGCGUCAUCUACCCAGGGUCCGUUCGUGGAGGUCCGUCCCAGUCUUGUGACCCUUGCCCCAGAUUGUUUGCCCGCUGUCAACGUAAUACACAUAGGAGAAAGGACACAGCCAAUAGCCAGUCAGCCUCUAGGCGCGGAGUGUAUGAGUAAGAGGGUCCGCCGUAGUGAGGUGGUGCUGCGUCAGGCGGCCGACUGUGUGUCACGAGGGUCUACCUUCCAGACGGUCUCUGAACAGUUUAAUAUACCUAUAUCGACGAUACGCUUCUUCAUGGCUCGCAAGGGGAUCCUGCCUCGGCGGCGGAGAGGGCGGAGUACGCAAGUCACUAGGACAGGUCGUUGUAGUAGCCCUGAAGAGCCACCCUUCGCGAUGCAACACUUCAAGCUACCGGAAAUGUUAGCACUCAAUGACACGUUAAAAGCUGAUGAGGAUGCUACCUAG